CAAAAUAACUUUUGUAGCCUUAUCAAUGACCUUGGGGCAUUUUUAAUAUUCAUGAUAAUGAUGCAAUAUAUCAUACUGAACAAUUUAAACUUUAACUUAGAAAUAACAGUGAGAUUUACAUAAGAAAAAAAAAUCAUUGUGGAUAAUGAAAUGCCACAACCUACCGUACGAUCCAGUAAUACCCAUUACCCACUAUAAAACGCCUCUACAGUAAUAUAAAUGUGUACGAAACACUACUCCUCUGAAUUUAGCCACGGAAACUGUUAUUCUCGACGAGUUGACAGCAACAAAGACAUUCACUGCCUUGACGGUCGCGUUCAAUAAGGCCACAUACACACGACACUGGGUUGGCUGACAUUACGAAAGAACCCGGAUGGACCCGUGGGGAAACUACGUCAUUGUUCACCGCCGGACGCUCUUUGGAUUUUAGAAUGGAUGAACUAAUUUAAAUUAAUCAUACAUUUACAGAAAAUGAAUAAUGACCAUAGUUGACAAACCUCCAGAGAAACCUGACCUGGAGUCAGUGCGGUGCAAGCACUCCAGCUCCCUGACACCUUUCUCCUCCAGAGACAUGGAGAGCAGUAGUUCGAGCUGGACUGUUGGCCCUUCUGCCACUGAGAUUUCAAGGGCCAAGACUGCCUAUACGGCCCCGACCAUUGGAGUGACUCUGAAUGGUAGUAACACAGCACUCCAAGUAGAAAGGCCCCGAGAGCAAGUGGUCAUGACCAGUGGGGAUGGCAUUGCUCUUCCUCAAAAAGUCCUGUUUUACCCAGAGCGGCUUUGCUUGAAAUGGAACCAGGGCCACCGCGUUGGAGCAGGUCUCCAUAACCUGGGCAACACAUGUUUCCUAAACUCUACCCUGCAGUGUCUGACCUACACAGCUCCCCUAGCCAACUACAUGCUGACCAGAGAGCAUUCCAAAACAUGUCAUGAGCCUGGGUUUUGCAUGAUGUGUACCAUGCAAAAUCACAUCAUCCAAGUAUUCGCCAACUCUGGAAACGUCAUUAAGCCUAUCAGUGUGCUUAAUGAGCUAAAACGGAUUGGAAAGCAUUUCAGAUUUGGAAGUCAAGAAGAUGCCCAUGAGUUCUUGAGGUACACAGUGGAUGCUAUGCAAAAGUCCUGCCUGCCUGGAAACAAAUUGGACAGGCAAACUCAGGCAACCACUUUUGUACAUCAGAUAUUUGGGGGUUAUCUGAGGUCCAGAGUCAAAUGUUUGAAUUGCAAAGCAGUCUCGGAUACUUUUGACCCAUACCUGGAUAUUUCACUGGAGAUAAAGACGGCUCAGACACUCAGUAAGGCAUUUGAGCAAUUUGUUAAGCCUGAGCAACUUGAUGGGGACAAUGCUUAUAAAUGCUCCAAAUGUAAGAAAAUGGUUACCGCAUCAAAGAGAUUCACCAUUCAUCGCAGUUCUAAUGUUCUCACCAUCUCGCUGAAGCGGUUUACCAACUUUAAUGGAGGAAAAAUUACGAAGGAUGUGAGAUACACAGAGUAUCUAGAUUUGCGCCCAUUCAUGUCUCAGUCUCAUGGGGAGCCACAAAUCUAUGCUCUAUAUGCUGUGCUAGUUCAUUCUGGCUUCAGUUGCCAUGCUGGACACUAUUACUGCUACAUUAAGGCUAGCAACGGGCAGUGGUAUCAGAUGAAUGACUCCUCGGUAUCUCUCAGCGAUUUAAGAACAGUGCUUAAUCAGCAGGCUUACUUGCUGUUCUACAUCAGGUCACCUGAUGCGAAAAAUGGAAGUGAUUUUAGCCAGAUGAAUCAUACUCCAGGCCAGUCGUCUCCUCGACCAUCCAUUCCAAUCAAGAUGAAUGGGCCUCAGUACACCUCCACAUCUUUCAUUGGCCCUCAGCUGCCACCUCAUAUGCUGAAGAACUCGUCAUACAUAAAUGGGAAUGGUUCUUCAAAGGAAUACCAUGGUGGUUCCAAACCCAACAGAAGUUUCUGUGGUGUGACCAAAUUAGGCUCUGGCCUAUCUCAUACAUCCUCUUCUGCAUCCGCAUGCUCUUCUACUUCACUUGUUCAGCCCAUGGGUAUUCCUGACUCAUCCAAGAGGCCGAAGUUGACUUUUCUCAUUGGUCAGGGCAAGCCUGUGAAACCUACUCAGACCCAGUCAAGCCCUAACUGCUCUUUAUCUUCAGCCUCUCACCCUCAGCCCACAUCUUCCAGCACCUCAGUGUCUACCUCAGGCUUCCCGCAGGUCAAUGGAACUCACACUGGAGCUUCUUUCUUGGUUCCUUAUGGUCAGGAGUCAUCUGAGGAAUCCGACCAAGAGGCUGGAGCCUUGGAGAAUCGAUCAGUUAAGCCUUAUCUUGCUCCCAAGAUAACCAAUGGGAAUGGGGUAAAGGAUGACACCCAGUCCCACAAUUCCAGUUCACUGCCUCAGCUUACCCCGAAGACAAAUGGAUCUAAUGGCUUUUCAGAAUUACAUGUGCGUGAAAAUGGAUCAGGACCUGCUCACAAAUCCCAGAAUGGCCUUCCCAAAGCCAAUGGUUUUAAUCAUGCUGAUAAGGUUGUGGGUGCACCACAUUCUUCAUCACAGAUUGCUAAUUCGUCUAAUAGUUCAGACUUGCAAUUCAGCUUAAAGUCUGGAUACAGUGAGUCAAGCUCCAAACCAACAAGUACUGAUGGCCAGCCAUGUUUCUCACCUUCAAGAAAAAGGAUAAACCCCUCUUCAGACUCUUCAUCUCAGUCUGCUUCACAGGUACAGUCUGCGUCUUCAUCUAAUGCCUCAUUGGUCUCCAAGACUACGGACACUGACCUUCAUGCCCAGACAGCUUCAGAGUCGAUUCAGAGCCAUGACACCCAUGCAGUGGCUGGCAUGUCAGAUUUUCAGGGCAACAAAAGUCAUGUUGGUGAUGGUCACAUAAGUCCACGCAGGUUAAAGGAGGAGUUCAGGUGCAGUGAAGGAGAAAGCAAAGAGUCAAAGCCAUCACACUUAGACAAGUUUGGCUCUGGAGCUGGACGGAGUGAGGACCGGAAUAGGGAUUUAGAGCGGCCAGACUUUUCUUCAACUGUGAAAGACAGGGACCGAUACAAGCACUAUAGGGAAUACAACGAAAGAAGCCGGAGUCGCUAUGGUCAUAGCUAUCGAGAGAGUCGUCCCUUUAGAGAGCGUUCCACCAGUAGAGACCGGCAUCACGGAGAUCGUGAAGGGGAGAGACACUGGGACAGAUUCUCACACCACCGUCGAGAGCACCACCAUUCCCUAAGAAGACCCAGAGAGGAACAUGACCGGAGUAGGGAUAGGAGAUUUGUGAGUGAUGCUUAUCGUCCUUCUGGUCACCAUAACCGGGAUGGAUAUUCCAGUCACAGCCAUCGUGGGGUGGAUGGUGGCUGUGGAAGGACGUCCCAUACAGUGAACGGUUCUAAAGUGAGACCCUCAUCUCCACAUUCUAUCAGCCCACUGCCUGGACAUUACAAACGGAAACGCAGUCCAUCGGCUGAUGCAAGACAAAGCUCUGAUGAGUGCCGAGUGAAGAAAUCCAAAAAGAAAAAGAGAAACAAAGAAAAGCACAGGCACUCAGAGAAGGACCCAUCUGAGGGCAAUGAGGAUAGCAGCUCCAAGAGACAUAAGAAGAAAAAGAAAAAGAAGAGGAGAGAGGAUGAGGAAAGGCCUCACACUAGGAGAGAUGUCACUCCGAGGCGGGAAGAGCAUGAUUCUAGAGCUAGGAAUGGUGCAGAGAGAGGAAGUCAGCACCACAUCUCUGAGUUUCUUCACAAUGUCCACCGAGACCAUAUGGAGGACCAGCAACAGCUCAAUGGACACAAAGCUAAUGGCCUGAGCUGUUACAGUGGAAAUGAACUUGAUCUUUGUCAUACUGGGAUGGAGAAAGACAUGAAAUACAAAUAUUUUGACCACUCUACCACUGUCAACAGCACAAAGACACUCUCAAAUGGAAAUGGAGAUGUGGACGGUGUCUAUCACAGGACCCUUUCAGAUGUUGAAAAAGACACUCAGCCUCACUAAAGGGAAACUGAUUUCUUGAUCACACCCUAAGACUCUGAAAACCACCCAUGCAAGCAUGUGAAAGAUAAAAUCUACAGCUACAGUUCCUGACAUGGUGCUUAACAUUUAGAACAUACUGUAUUUUUACCACGAGAUGAAUUUUAAAGUUGCUUUAUUUUGUCUUUUGUUUUUCUUUAUUUUUAAGGUUAUGGAUUUUUUAGUACACUGUACAUAAAUGAACUUUGAUCAUGAAAAAAAUUAUAUAUAAAGUUAAUAUAUGCGAUUUUAAAAAAAGCCUGGAGCUUAACAUCAGAAUUGCUGCUCAGACAUACAGACUCAGGAUUUUCUCACUUGUGAAGAUGAGACAAGCGCUCCCUUUAAGGAAUCAAACCUGGGAAAGAUGAGAACAUUUAUAUGCUGCAUCGGCAGAGAAAGACUGCUUGUCUCUUGGCUUCAAGUUAUGAUGUCACCAUUUUCACAUAUCGGUUGAGAGAACUGUCUCAAAGGAGCAGCCUUUGCUAAUGCUACACGUGCACUUACGUCACAGUUAACCUGGACACACUUGAGGACAUAAGAUGUUUGCUUUGCUGUCUCUUGUACCUCUCUUUUUUAGCAUCUCACUGUAUCAGACCUUUCUAGAAUGCAAGUUCAUUGCAUCUUUUUUGUUUUUAAUUCUCACUGUUUAUUUUUCUUGAAUACGCUUUGAUUUUAGUCAAAAUAAUACUGUGAAUUUAAGUUGAACUACUAUCAGUUGUUUGUUUUUGGUCCUGUAUCAGGAGGUUUAAUAGAGACACUUUCAGUAAAGCCACUCGCAAUGUAGACCAUGUUCUCUGAACAUUUCUCAACUUUUUUGUUCUUCAGCAAAACGAAAGAGACCUGAAAAUGGUUAUAUUCAACUUCAUUUUACUGUAGCAUGUCAAAGUAAAUGUAUACAGUGUACAAUAUGUUGAGUGAGAGGAAACGGCCUUAAUGUAUGAAAUUGUAUUAUUUUCUCUCACUAUGUUUACAGUGUUUUGUUGGAGUGAAUGAACAUGUAUGUGAUGAUGGGAAGUGUUUGGUUUUGUAAAGGGUGGGGUUUCCUUUUUACAUAUAAAGAAUGACUUGUGAGAUA